AUGAAAUUUACAUACAUAAAAAGUGAAUUUUCUUCAAUUGAAUCUCCUUCAAUAGCAACAUUGAAUCCUGCGUGGGAUAUAUUGUAUAAUUCGGGCCAGUGGCAAAAAUCCGACUGCGUAGGAAUGGUUACGGUCGGUCAUUUUCGAUUAACUGUUUUACGACUGUUGGCU